AUGCCCCUGCCGAUUCGCUCCUCGAUAUGCUGCUUGUGUCAGACCAAGGCGAGCCUGAUGGCCCCGUCCAUCCUGUCAGUGUCAGCGCAGACCACGCGCGGCAUGGCCACAGUCCGACUCCGUCGCAAGGCCUCUCGGAUGGCCCUCUCACCCGAUGUAUCCAAGCAAUCAUUGCCAUCAGCCACUAAACCACGAAGGGAACGCGCUGGCCCCUUCGCCCAGAUGAAUCAGACACAGGCACGCAUUCGAGACACAACACGACCCCGUUCGCAAGCAGCCCUCAAACGCUCAGGAGAGGAAGGCAAAACGGAAAAUAAGAAGGAGAGCCCGCUGUAUAAGGCAUUGAAGAUGCAAGAAACCUUAACGCCCAUACCUUACGGCCGACGCUCUUCUAUUAAAACCCGACUGGCCAACAUCACUAGCUUCGAUCACUUCCCUUUACUCCCCGCAGUACGACAGUCAAUCUUCCUGCAGGCUCUCCCAGGACUGAGUGACGUUACCCCAACACCCAUCCAAAGGCUUGCGAUUCCCGAACUCUUGUUGGACGAAUCCAAGAAGAAGAAGAAAGUGAAGAAGGCAGGCGAGGAAGAACCUGAAUACAACUUCGACCAGUACCUUCUGGCAGCAGAGACCGGCUCUGGAAAAACUCUGGCAUACUUGCUCCCUGUCGUUGAUGCUGUCAAGCGCGCCGAAGCACGUGAAGCGGAGGAGGACAAAGCCACCGAGGAACAAAAGGCACGAGAGCGGGAGGAAAGAGCGAAGAAGCAGGCAUUUAGCCUGGAACCGGAGGAAGCACCAAUGACAAACGCUGCUCGCCCCCGCGCUAUUAUCCUUGUUCCGACUUCAGAAUUGGUGUCCCAAGUAGGCGCUAAGCUGAAAGAGCUGGCCCACACAGUCAAAUACCGCUCCGGUGAAAUCGCAUCGACCUUCACACCUCGUCGGAUUCAGAACACUCUCUUCAACCCAGCCGGCAUCGAUAUUCUUGUCUCUACCCCUCAUCUUCUAGGCUCUGUCGCCAAGACCAAUCCCAACAUCCUCAGCCGAGUCACUCACCUCGUCCUCGACGAAGCCGACUCCCUGAUGGAUAGAUCUUUCAUCCCAACGACCACCGAAAUCAUCGCCAAGGUCAACCCGUCUCUCAAGAAAUUGAUCCUCUGUUCAGCUACCAUCCCCCGCAGUCUCGACAACCAACUACGCAAACGCUUCCCCGAUAUCCAGCGAUUGACGACACCAAACCUGCACGCCAUCCCUCGUCGUGUGCAGCUCGGUGUUGUGGAUAUUGAGAAAGAGCCCUACCGUGGAAACAGAGACCUAGCCUGCGCCGAUGUCAUUUGGUCCAUCGGCAAGGCUGGUGACAGAUAUGAAGCCAGUGAGACUUGGGGACCCCUCAAUGCCUACAUGGAACAGAAGACAAAGAAGAUCAUUGUGUUCGUGAACGAGCGCGAAGAAGCGGAGGAGGUUACCAAGUUCCUUCAGUCUAAGGGCAUUGACGCUCUGUCACUGUCGCGUGAUACCGAUUCCCGAAAGCAGCAGGACACUCUGAACCAGUUCACGGAGGUCAAGCUUCCUCCUACUGCGGAGGAGAUCUUGCUCAGCAAAAAGAAGAACCGUGCUGGAGGCAGCAUUCCAUUCGAAGCACCUGACCGUGCCCAGGAGAAGGAGGCUGCCUCUCGCCGUCUCGCAGAUACCAAGGUCCUUGUCACCACUGAUAUUGCCUCACGUGGUAUUGAUACCCUGGCCGUGAAAACGGUUAUCUUGUACCACGUUCCCCACACUACCAUUGACUUUAUCCAUCGUCUUGGUCGUCUUGGCCGCAUGGGUAAGCGUGGUCGUGGUGUUGUCCUGGUGGGCAAGAAGGACCGCAAGGAUGUCGUUCGCGAGGUUCGCGAAGGCAUGUUCCGUGGCCAAGCUCUGAUCUAG